AUGGUUCGCGUCUUGGAUCUCGCCCUGCUGCUCUUUGGCUUCCAGGCUGCAGGCACUUUCGCCCAAGCAGACGUGGAGGUGGAAGAAGAGAUUGAAAAUCCCUCUCAGUCUCCCGCUCUUGCCGUCUCGGUCGAAGCAACCUUCCCCGACGCGGAAAUUUUCGGCAUCAAGAUCACCAAUGGCAGACCCUACGAAUCGCGUCUCGCUUUCCUGAACGAAGAACCCGAGCCUGUCACGGUCCAAUUCGUUGGUGGAAGCCUGUGGACGUUCGACGGCACGAAUGCUCGCAUUGUUCGAAACCUCACUACGGCUCAAUAUGCCGUUGAGAUCCCCCCGGGUGAAAAGCAGACGCUGCCCUACCGUUUCCAGACGAACCUUCACCCUCAGGACUUAAGACUCAACUUGGCUGCGGUGAUUAGUUCGCAGAACGCCUUCUACACCCUGCAGGCGUUCAACGGCACUGUGACUGUGGUCGAGCCAGACGCGAGUAUCUUUGACCCUCAACUUCUCUUCCUGUACUUCUUCCUGCUCGCGUGCGCCGUUGGUGUCGGUUACUUCUUCUACACCAUCUGGAUCGUCCCAUACUUCCCCAAGAAGCGCAAGGCCGUUAAGGGCGGCAAGAGGAGCGACAUGGUUAAGAAGGUCGACAGCGGUGUUACAUCGGAUUCUGAUGGUCCAGCUGUCGCAACCGGCAAAGCAUACAACGAGGAAUGGAUCCCAAGCCACCACAUCCAACGACCUGAGGCAAGAAGGGUCAAGAGCGGCGCAAGGCCCAAGAGCCGUGGAAAGGCCGAAUAG